UCGUCGAGAUGAUGGGGGCCGCCAACGUCGUGUUCACAGCACUGUUGUCGAAGACCCUCUUGGGAAACGUCAUGGCGAAACACGAGGCGUUCGGCGUGGGCGUCCUCGUCGUCGGGCUCCUCGUCGUCGGUUCCGCCCGCGUCGCCUCCGUGAGCGGCCAGGAUGACGGCACGUCCGAGGGGCUGCCCGCUUGGGCGCCGCCCCUGGGGCUGCUCAUGGUUCUGCUGGCCAACUUGUUUUACGCGCUGGAGUUCAUCUCGGCGAGGCUGCUCGGGGAGAGCGGCGCGUCCGCGUUCAUGUCCGUUGGCGUCAUGGGCCUGUGGGGCGUCCUGAUGUUCGCCGUGCUGUUCCCGGUGCUCGCCGCCACCCCGCGCGCGCCCGAGGCCUGGGCGCCCGCGGUGCACGAGGAGCUGGGCUCGUCCCUCGCUCUCGUGGCGGCCCGCCCCGCGCUCGCCGCGGAGAUCGCUGGCCUUUGGGCGAUGCUGCUGAUCUUCAACGCCGCGGCCUUCAAGACCACGGAGCACCUCAGCGCCCUCACCAGGGUGGUGCUGGGCCAGCUCGUGUCCCCACUGGUCUGGCUGCUCGACGUGGCCCUCUCCCGGCUCGUGGGCGGCGGCGCGGCGGAGCGCUGGACCUCGUGGAGCUUCCUGCAGCUGCUCGGCUUCGCCCUCCUGGUGGCCGGCUCCGCCGUCUACAACGACGCGGCGCCCCGCUGCUGCGCGACGGGGGGCUGCCCGCCGGCCCGGAGCGCCGCGGGGGUCUCGCUCGUGGAGGCGGCGAGCGCCGGCGGCUGACCGACUCGCCGGGGAUGAUGGGGGGCCCCGCCCGCGGGGCCGCGCCGCGCGGGCUCCGCGCGCCGUGGGGCUGCCACGAGGCGGGCUCGCCGAGAGGGCGACCUGUUGGCCGGGCCGGAUGUUGCCGCAGAUUAUGCAACGUCUUUAUGAUUCGACCGAAUGCAUGUUUCUCGCUUGGUAGCAUCUGGACAGUGUUGAGUAUUUUGAGGCCGCGAGUUGGCUGUUUGAGUGGCUCUUUCGAUGAGCAUCUCAAGCGAUUCUGGUGUGUUUUCUGCUGCCUGGCCAUGGCGCAUCGGGGGGUCGCAAGGUAUCCCCGACGCGUGGCUAGGAUUGUGCAGUGUCCGUUGCGAGUCCUCCUACCCCCUUUGUGCGCGCCGCCCACAGGAGACGUGUCCGCCACGCGGCUGCAGCCAGCCAUGCGGAUCAGCAGGCUCGACCGUGCAGCGGGGUGAGCACACGGCUUGCUGUUUUCGAGCCCUGGCCCUCCCAAAAAGCUCAGCCAGUGCAGCGCAGGUGCGCAUCUUGACGUAGAUGUUUGCCCCCUCGUGCACACGAGGGGCACGGGAAUGGCAGCCUUGCGGCAUGCACGAUGCUGGGGUGCCGCAUUCGGGGCUCGCCUUUCCGCCACCACGUGUGUGUGUGUGUGUGCUUGCACGGUGUGUAGCCUGGGCCUCCCGUGGAGAUGGACAAGCUGAGGCGUGCGACGAAGGUGUCGUCGCUCCUCUUUUUCUUUCCCGUAAGGGCUUCGCCCCCUGUCGCCGGCCCCCUUGCUCGGAUAAUAAUGGGCAAUUGGUGGGGAUGGCCCCUGCGUGCGCAUCUCCAGCAUGUGUUGUUUCUGCGUGCUGAUGUCGAGCACCGACUCGCACCGCGUGGCCGCAGCCGUCUCCCAGGGGCGCAGCGUGUCACCUUUGAACAACGCUCCGAAGGCUUGAGGGCAAGAAGCCUCCUAUAGAAGAGUCACGUCGAGAACACGGUGCCGCUGCCG